AUGCAAGCUGAGGGUGUUUUUAUUACAGUUGAGGAGAUUAAGGAUGCUGAAUUAGUUCUUCCAAAGAUUGCUAGGCUUGCAAAGAAGGUUCAUAAUGCUGAAACGAUUGGCAUCAUGCUAAGAACUAAGCCUACUCUAAGAACACCCAACUAUUCUGCAUUGUAA